GACGUCUGUCUGUGCCGGGCUCGGAAGAUGGCUGCGGAGCUGAACAGCGGGCAGAGGCUGCGGCGGCGGCUGCAGGGUGCCGGGAGCGCGGCGGCGGCGGCGGCGGGCCGGAGCUCCGCCUUGCCCGCGGGCAGCUGAACCGCGGAAGACCGGACUAGGCGCGGCGGCCGGUGGCAGCAGCCGGGGCUAGCCGGCGCGGGACUCCGCUCCCCUGGGCACCAUGAGCCGCACCGAGGACGCAGUCAAAGAGAAAUUACUGUGGAACGUCAAAAGGGAGGUAAAGCAGAUCAUGGAGGAGGCCGUCACCAGGAAGUUUGUGCAUGAGGACAGCAGCCAUAUCAUUGCUCUGUGUGGUGUGGUAGAGACCUGCCUACUGCAUCAGCUGAGGCGUCGGGCUGCAGGAUUCCUUCGCAGUGACAAGAUGGCUGCCCUCUUCACCAAGGUGGGAAAGACCUGUGUGGUAGCUGGAGAGGUCUGCCGAAAAGUCCAGGAGCUACAGCAGCAGGUGGAGAGCAGGAAGUCAGCAGGAAGCAACCAGGAGGCCCUUCGGAGACAGGGCUCAACUGGAGGGAAGCCCCCAACCCUCAGCCCCCAGGCCCUGAGGCACAUUUGGGUGCGCACUGCCCUCAUCGAGAAGGUGCUAGACAGAGUUGUGCAGUAUAUUGUGGAGAACUGCAGCAAAUACUAUGAGAAGGAAGCUCUCCUGGCAGACCCUGUGUUUGGCCCCAUCCUCGCCUCUCUCUUAGUGGGUCCAUGUGCUCUGGAGUAUACCAAGCUGAAGACGGCAGACCACUACUGGACAGACCCUUCUGCUGAUGAGCUGGUCCAGAGGCACCGCAUCCGUGGCCCCCAUGGCCGCCAGGACUCACCCUCCAAGCGUCCAGCCCUGGGAGUCCGGAAGCGACAUUCCAGUGGGAGCGCAUCAGAAGACCGGUUCGCAGCCUCAGCUCGUGAAUACGUGGAGUCCCUUCAUCAGAAUUCCCGAACGCACCUGCUGUAUGGCAAGAACAACGUGCUGGUACAGCCGAAGGAAGACAUGGAGGCUGUCCCUGGCUACUUGUCUUUGCACCAAUCUGCAGAGAGCUUGACCCUGAAGUGGACCCCCAACCAGCUCAUGAACGGAACUCUGGGAGACUCUGAGCUAGAGAAGAGUGUGUACUGGGACUAUGCACUGAUUGUGCCCUUCAGCCAGAUUGUCUGCAUCCACUGCCACCAGCAACAGAAUGGUGGGACACUGGUGCUGGUGAGCCAAGAUGGUAUCCAGAGGCCUCCUUUGCACUUCCCCCAGGGAGGUCACCUCCUGUCCUUCCUGUCCUGCCUAGAGAAUGGACUCCUGCCCCGUGGACAGCUAGAACCACCACUGUGGUCCCAGCAGGGAAAGGGGAAGGUCUUCCCCAGGCUGCGGAAGCGGAGCAGCACCAUGCGGUCUAUGGAUCUGGAGGAGACAGUAAUGGAUGAAGGGCGGGCCACUGACUACGUGUUCCGGAUCAUCUACCCGGGCCACAGGCAUGAGCACAUCACUAUUAACUACCACCACUUAGCUGCCAGCCGCGCGGCCUCGGUGGACGAUGAUGAGGAAGAGGAGGAUAGACUACACGCGAUGCUGUCAAUGAUCUGCUCGCGGAACCUCACAGCUCCCAAUCUGAUGAAAGAUGCCGGGGACAUGAUUGAGAUGCAAGGCUUUGGGCCAAGCCCACCAGCCUGGCAGUUUGAGCCUCCAAUUGGCCGCAGCUCCUGUCUCUCCUGCUCUAUCAGAGGUUCACCCUAUGACCCACCCAACUACUGCAACUGUGCACAGGACAGAAUGCCCCUGAGAUUGCUGUGUGAGAAUAUGAAGAGGCAGAUCAUGUCCCGGGCCUUCUAUGGAUGGCUGGCAUAUUGCCGACACCUGUCCACUGUCAGGACCCACCUGUCAGCCCUGGUACAUCAUAAUAUCAUCCCACCUGACCGGCCCCCGGGAGCUUCAGGAGGGCUCACCAAGGAUGUGUGGAGCAAGUACCAGAAAGAUAAGAAGAACUACAAGGAGCUGGAGCUUCUGAGAAGAGUGUACUAUGGGGGUGUGGAGCAUGAGAUCCGAAAGGACGUCUGGCCCUUCCUGCUUGGACACUACAAAUUUGGCAUGAGCAAGAAGGAAAUGGAGCAGGUGGAUGACGCUAUAGCAUCCCGAUACCAGCGGGUACUGGCAGAGUGGAAGGCCUGUGAGGUAGUGGUCCGACAGCGGGAGCGGGAAGCCCACCCGGCCACACUCACCAAGUUCUCCUCGGGCAGCAGCAUUGACAGCCACGUCCAGCGCCUCAUCCACCGAGACUCCACCAUCAGCAAUGAUGUGUUCAUCUCUGUAGACGAGAUGGAUCCCCCUGAUAUGGGACCAAAGUGCCCUGAAGAUUCUGUGGCUGACACAGUGCCAAUGGCAGGAACACCAGGCACUGCCAUAGUGGAGCAGCAGCAAUCUGUAGAAUUUGACUCACCAGACUCAGGACUGCCAUCUUCCCGCAACUAUUCAGUGGCUUCUGGAGUCCAGUCCAGCAUCGAUGAUGGACAGAGUGUGGGCUUUGAGGAGGAAGACCAAGGGGAGGAGGAAGAGCAAGACCAAUCUGCUUCUGGACCCCGAGCCUCCCUCUACGAGCCCCCAGACCCCACCCAGGAGGAUACCCCACGGUCCAACGAGCUGGGGGCAGGAGAAGAACUGACUGCUGUCUGUGCUGCUGCCUACACUAUAGAGUUACUGGACACAGUGGCCUUGAACCUCCACCGGAUCGACAAGGACGUGCAACGAUGUGACCGAAACUACUGGUAUUUCACGCCCACCAACUUGGAGAAGCUUCGAAACAUCAUGUGCAGCUAUGUAUGGGAGCAUCUGGAUGUGGGCUAUGUGCAGGGCAUGUGUGACCUGCUGGCACCCCUCAUGGUCAUCCUCGACAAUGAUCAGCUGGCUUAUAGCUGCUUCAGUCAACUCAUGAAGAGGAUGAGCCAAAACUUCCCCAAUGGUGGGGCCAUGGACACACACUUUGCCAACAUGCGCUCACUCAUCCAGAUCCUAGACUCAGAACUCUUCGAAUUGAUGCACCAGAAUGGAGACUACACUCAUUUCUACUUCUGCUAUCGAUGGUUCCUGCUUGAUUUCAAGAGAGAGCUGCUCUAUGAAGACGUCUUUGCUGUGUGGGAAGUUAUCUGGGCUGCCAGACACAUCUCUUCUGAACACUUUGUCCUGUUCAUUGCCUUGGCCCUGGUGGAAGGAUAUCGGGAGAUCAUCCGAGAUAACAACAUGGACUUCACAGACAUUAUCAAGUUUUUCAAUGAGCGAGCAGAACAUCACGAUGCCCAGGAGAUCCUGAGGAUAGCCAGGGACCUGGUCCACAAAGUACAGACACUGAUUGAAAACAAGUGAAGCUGGCAGUGGCUUUGGUGAGAGAAGGCCGAAGAGGAGGCAGCUGAGGCUGACCAGGCCCCCUGCACAGGGCAAGCAGAGGGUGGCCCUGCUGGGACUAUCAGCACCCUCCCUAACCCCACCAACCUGAACCCUGAAUCAUGCUCCUGAGGCAUCUUCCAUGGAAUGCAGACAAAAAAAAGUAAUUCGGAGAUUGAGAGACCCCAGGCCUUCCCAUGGGUUGGGCCAGGGCUAGCCUAUGGGACCUGUCUUUGGGCCAGAGGGAGGAAUGACUGGGAGUUAGAGAGCUCUCUCCUGGUCUUGGCUUGGGGCAGCCCACACUGGACCCCUGAAGCCUCAGGCCUAUGACAGAUACUCUCUGGGACAACUACCUCCCUUCCUACCCCCACCCCAGCCCCAAAGAAAUCCCUUUCAGGGUCACCUUAGGAAUAGACAGAGGCCCCAGGCAAGACCACCAGAGGGGGAUCCUUCUUGAGAGGUGUUCUUGCCCUCAGGGGUCUAGUGCAUGUCCUAAGGCUCUCCAAGGACCCAGAAUCUGGCCUGAGAUGCCCUUCCCAGAUAAAGAGAAGAGAUUCGGGCCAGACUCAAGGAAGGCUCUAGAGGCUGCAGGAGGCGGCCCCCUACUGAAUGCCUCUGGCCCCUGUCUCUUCAGAGAAGCUGGGGAAAGGGACGGGUGGUCAGGCAGCUGCCCUCCUAGGUCUGGUCACACUCCCCCUCCUUCUGGAGGCUAGACUUCUACCCUGCUAUACAAUAGGGAUGGGUGUUGGACCAAGGUUCUCGAGGACUAAGGGUGGGAGAAAUUCUGGAGCUCCCUUUGUGGGUGUCCCCUGCAUUUCUGUGCCCAUUCCCAGUUCCCCAGUGGGACCCAAGAGACUAAUUCAGGGAUAUUUGGGAGGAAGGGAGGAAUGGGCAGGGAACAGCCUGGAGCUGUCCCAAAGUCCCUAACCCCUCCAGCAUUACUGCCUGCUUUUAUAAUCCCUCCACCAACAAACCACCUGCUCCAGGCACCAGCCCCUGCACAAGUGUAUCUCCUUUGUGUAUUCAGCUGUCUGUGGUCCUGAAAAAAUAUGUAAAGUGAAAUCUCCUGAAGGCUCUAAGGAGAACUUGUUUCUUAAAGGCUCCUAGUGCAAAUACUUUUGUAAGAGCGAAAGCUUGAGCCCCAGUCUGCUUGUAAAUCCAGGUUUGCUGAAAGCAGCACUGGCCUGUAUGGAGAAGGCACAAGAGGUGGGAGCCCACACCUCUCAGGGACCCUCCCCCUGGAGCUCCAAAGAAGCCCAGGCUGUUGUCCCCUCCUACAGGUGCCUCCUUGCUCCCCUGGAACCCUACUCCAGAACGUCCCCAUGGAGUCAUACCAGGAUGCUGGAUCCUUCCACCUGACCUCACUGUUCUCCCUUGACCUUGCUGCUGCUUGGCUAAGGCAUGGGGGAGGGGGAGUUAAGGAGGCAGAGAAGCUCCAGGGGCACGGCUGGAUUACCCCUAGGGUGGGGGCAUAGGAGAGGGAACGAGGGAGAUUGCCUCUCCACCCUUCUAAGCCUCUGAUUGACUAGCUGAGGCCAGAGCCCAUAGCUGGGCACCCCUGGGGUCCUCUAUUCUCAAGUGCCAACACUGCCCUAGGCUUGGAGGGGGCCUUGACCUUGGCCCCCAACAUAGCCAACUCCAUAGAAUGUAGAGAACCAUGAGCAGGGCUCCUAGGGGCUCCCUCAGGGUGCCACCUCAGACCAAACAUCUCUUAAUCCCGGGGCUAGGCUCCCUCUGCCUCCAAUGGUAGUCUCCCCUCUGGAGGAAGUCCAGGAAGGGCCCCCCCAAGGCCUCCCUGCCCUUAGCAUGCUUAUUGUUAUUCUGCACCCAGUUUUCUCCUUCUCCAUCUCCUCCCGCCACCAGCAGGAGCCUGGUAGGUCCUGUUAGGUGGGAGGGCACAGUGAGGGUGCAUUUGCCAUUUGGGGCCUUCUGGAGUUCCUCUGUGGGCCUGCUGUGUCAUUUACUAGAAAAAAGGGGAAAUAUCCUUUUCUUGGGAGAAGAAUGCUAUCCUAGGCCUGCCCAUCCUCCUCUGCCCCCAGACUCUGCACUGCCUGUUUGGGGACCUGUCUGCCCCAUCAUCCCCUUGUGUGCCGUGGGCCCCACAGCUCAUGUUGUAUGUGCAUCCAUGAUGCUGCAUGUGCUGCCAUGCGCCUGCCUUAGUGACUCUGGUGUUUGUGAGGAGCUGGAAGGUUGGUUGGUUGGUUUGUCUCCCUUUUUUCCUGGCUCGGAUGUUCUAAUGCUAUCCAUUGUAACAAAAUCAAUAAACACUGAGUUUGGUGAC